UCGAUGAGCCCAAGUCAUACCGCACAAGUCAUCUCUGAUACCGUUAACAGGACAUCUAACCUAGCUAGCUAGCAUAGCUAAUUGAUUUGAAUGUUUUAACCACAACCAAGAUAUACUGGAUCAUGGCUACCCAUGUAUUUUUCGUUGAUAUGACAUGCGAAGGAUGCUCCGGUGCUGUCGCUCGAGUUCUUAAAAAAUUAGAUGUUAAAUUUGAUAUUGACCUUCCCAACAAGAAGGUCUUAAUUGAGUCGGACAAAGACAAAGAUGUUUUUCUGGAAGCACUGAAAAAGACUGGGAAAACUGUCACCUACAUUAAUUCGAAAUAGACCAGUUAAAAAAGAUGAGCAGAACAAUCUAUGUAGAAUACCAUUUUCAGAUGCAAUCAUUUGCUGCUAAUUUGAAGAUCAAGGGCAGUUGUUUGAUUAUACACCUUAAGCAUGAAUCCUGUAGCGUGUCUUUGGGGACCAGUGGAGGGAGCAUGUUUAAUCCGCCCCACUCUGAACCAUACAAAGUCAUAAUCUCAUAAAUGGAAAUGUUUGUAAUGGAAGACUGUUUUAGUAAUGGAAGACUGUUUUAGUAUAGCUGCCCCUUUUGUGGCUGCUUUACAACCAGUGUAACAGUAUAAUAUGGACAUUCAUUACUUGAUUUUGAAGCCAUGCUUCUGUUUAUUUGUACACAUGCAAAAAUAAAGACUUAAUUCUUGGUAA